AGCGCCCCCUGCUGGUUAUUCGCCACCUGACGCUGAUCCAAACAGAUCCUCCCUCCAUGUUCACCUGGAAAUUUUCGUAGGAAAUGAAGCCAAGCAGCCUCACACUGUUCACAACAACCAUUCUCCUUUGCCUCAGCAUGGCACAUCCUAGAAUAAAGAGAAAAAGAGUAACACCAAAACCUGGGUACUGCCCAGAGUUUUUUCUUAACUGCCCGUUUGAACGGUUACCCGUAUGCAAGCGUGAUAAAGGGUGCAAGGGCAUCAAAAAGUGCUGUUUCUACUACUGUCAGAUGCGCUGUGUGGAGCCUUGGACAAACAUGAUUUGAAGUGGAAACCCUUUCUUAGUCAAGCCUGAGAAGAUACAGUGCCACUGGCUUCAACUUAGAUGGCUGAUCUUGAGUUCCUCGGUCUCAUAGGCCCCUUUUAUUAGUGAGUUAAAUGCUAAUUAACAUUAGAGCAAAAUAAAGAAAUAAAUCCCUA